CCCAAAAGGCCUUUGAUGAUCAUUACCAGCCAUACAGACACCAAUAAUUAUGGAGAGAAGCUCAGCCGGUAAAAGCCUUCUUUCCAACUACAUUAGACAUGCUACCACACACAACAAAAUUCGUGAGGAGAGAACGAUGUGGAAUCAGAGAAAGUUGGAGCUAUCCAGGGAAGACAUCCUCCCCGGCUGGAGUGAGAGAGCUGCCAGGAGGAGGCUGCCUCUAGUAAGAGGUCAUUUGGUGAGUGAUAUGGGGUCAAGUGGUGAGCGCUGUGAAUCAGAUCCUCCUCGAGCAGAGUCUGAUUCCCAUUCUCCAUACCACUGGACUAGGCAACUCGUAAAGGCCGAGGAGCGUGAUCCAUACCGGUGGGGUCAUUCUGGGUACAAGGAACAACAUCCUGAAGAAUUUGUCUCCUCCAGUAAUGAGGCGGCAGAGGCCACACCCACUUCUACGAAGAAAAAGAAAUCGAAGAGGAAAAGAGUCAAAAGAGAGAGUAGCUGUUCACCUCCUCCAACCAAGAAACGAAAACACAGUAAAAAGACCAAAAAAUCUCACAAACACAAAAGAAAGCAUAAAACAGACUCAUUGUCAUCAUCUCAUAAGUCACGUAGAAAGAGACCAGCUUCUAGUACCUCAUCAUCCGAGUCUGACAAAUCAUAGCAACAAUUUUAUUUUACACGGCAUCAUUAUUCUUCAUUUUUAACCUUCUUACAUGUUGAACAUGAAAUUAACACUAAUGAUG